AUGCCACCUCUCGCAUAUCCUACUCCAGAGCCCACAGAUUCCCCAAGCUCACGCGAUGAAUCAACAAAGCGAAGGUUGGAGGACCUCCACGAUGCUACUGCGUCUGAACCGCCGGAUCCGAAGCGACAGAAAGUAUCCGUUCAGGGCGGCGCCCUCUGUUUCCCUCCUUCUCACUACUCCGGAGAUCGUCGUCCUCAUGCUGGUUCGGAUCGUGAAGCAAUCAAUGCUUUAGCCAUCAUCUGGAAUUCCCAGAACCGCUCUCAGCAUGAGUACAACAUCUGGGAAUUGAAUGACUACAGCAUAUAUCGUAACGGCGCCAGUCACAGACAUGCCUAUGAACUCUGUCCUCUGCACCUCCUGAAGAAUGAGGAUGGUGUGAAUGAACUUCUUUUCGAUGGGAUUCUAAGCAUCGAUGGCGUACAACGACCUGUUCGGGGUGUUGCAUUCGACUGUCUGGCAAUUGAGGGUUACGGGAAUGAGAGUGAUGGAGUCUCUGCUUGUAUUCAAACAACCUUGGGCGCCAAAGCAAACGUCUGGUAUGAGCUCGGAUCCCCUGCCAGCCAGUACAAGCGCUACCACGACACAUUUGUCUGGAUUUCACAAUUUACGAAGUACGUGGUAGACUUUCUCGAAGACUCCGAGCGACCUGUCACCUUCAGCAUGUUUCGACGGACCUUCUACCCCUACUUGAACCAGAAGCACGGAUCAUCUUCCGCUCUCAAGGACUGGUUAGAGCAACACAAAUCAACCGACUUUGGUCAGGCCUUUUGCGCCAAUCUAGGUUUCAUCAUCAAGGAAUGCUACAGUGUGAAUGACCAGCUUCUCGACGAGCCCAUAUUUGGCGAGACAGAUACCAAGCAACUCAAAGCCAUCAGAAUGGAGAAGACGGCGUACGGAAAGACGGUCGUGACCCCAUUCGUGUACGACCUUUUCCACAAGAUGCCUUUCCAUGGCCAGAUGCAGGUCUUGUCUGAGGUCAGUAUUGCCACCUUACAAAAGCAAGAAAGCAGGAGGAUCGAAUUAGGCCUCAAACCAUUGAAUUGUCGGCAAACACCUGCUCCAGAACACUCUCUCCAGAAAAAAGUCAUCCGAAGAGGAGAUAUCGUGAGUAUUGCCGCGGAAACGCAAACUCAGUGGAGACAUUCAACUGGCGCUCACUGGUAUGCUUAUGUGCAAGCGAUCCGGUCUUCCAAGUCCGGCGCACAGAAACUUGACGUCUUGUGGCUCUAUGAGCCGUCCGACACUACGCUAGGCCAUGGAUAUUAUCCAUACAAGAACGAGCUGUUUUUGAGUGAUAAUUGCUCCUGUGGCAAAGAUUCAAUUGACGUGGAGCUUGUUCAGACGAUUGUCACCGUCAACUGGUUUAUUACUAACCCUGAGGAGUCCAAAGAUUGCUUCUUCGUAAGGCAGAAAUUUCGAACGGAGCCAACCUUAGGAGCCUAUGACUUUGUGCAACUACAGCGAUCGGACUUCCAAUGUGGAUGCAACAACAUCAAGACAGAGAUGGACAAAGUCAAGCAAGAUUUCGCAAUCGGUGAUACAGUGCUUAUGUACAAGCUCAUUGAUGGCAAGGAGUCGUUAGAGCCUGCGGUCAUCCGUGGCUUCAACCGCCAAACAGUUACUCUCCAGGCCUUUCUCCGCUGUCACCGCGAUCUGGGCGACAAGCAGGCUGCUCCUAAUCAAUUGUCAUUGACUGAUGAUAUAUUCGAUGUUGAUCCAGAAUCAGUCACUCGGCACUGCAGGGUGGCCACCUUUGCCAGUCUGGACGACGUCAGAUCGCCUUACGAUCGUGAUGGGGCAGGUGAUCAUUGGUACGUUGUCAACUCUUCGGCUCCUGCAUGGAGCUUUGUUGAUCACAAGAUCGAUGCAGACAGCAAACUCAAGGGGAUGGGAAUCUUCUGCGGGAGCGGGUCUUUCGACAGAGGUCUAGAGGAAGGUGGAGGCCUCGAUUUCAAGUGGGGCGUCGACUGGGCUGAAAGAGCUCUUCAUUCGUACAGGGCGAACACUGACGAGCCAGAAAAGCUUAGCCUUUUCCUCGGUAGCGUCAACGACUACCUGAGCAAAGCUAUCCGGGACACCGAAAACAGUCGAGUUGCCACUAUCGGCGACGUUGAUGUACUCGCAGCUGGGUCGCCCUGUCCCGGUUUCUCCGUGUUGCAACGAGAUCGAACCAGUGUCCGGUCGCUGAGGAAUUGCUCUCUGGUUGCUUCGGUCUGUUCAUAUGUCGACUUCUAUAUGCCCAAGUACCUGGUACUUGAAAAUGUCAUUGGCAUGGCGAGAAAUCCAGGAAACGCCAAAGACCUGAAUGUAUUCUCGCAAGUCCUUUGCUGCCUUGUGAGCAUGGGAUACCAGGUUCAACAGCUGCUUAUGGACCCUGGACAUUAUGGGUCCUGUCAAUCACGUCAACGCAUCUUCAUCAUCGCCACAGCGCCAGGGUAUAAGCCACCAAUUCCUCCGCCCCAGACGCACAGCUGUAAAGAGCUGGAGACAUACUGUAGGGCGAUCGGCAAUGCAUCGAACGGCUUGCCUUUUGGGAAACGCAAGUACGAUGUCUGCCCCUUUGUAUCUCUCACAGCGAAGGAAGCUUUUCAAGAUCUCCCAGAUAUUGGCGACAGCCAUGUUCAAACAUGUAUCGCAGCACCUGAUCAUCGAACUUGCAGAUACGAAAGUGUACGCAAGCGAGCACUCAUCUCCAUGAUUCCUCGAUGGCCUUACGGAUCGGGUUUUAUCAAGGCUGUGAAAUCGGGGAGGAUGUCUCAGAACGCUAUCGAUGAGUACGCCUGGCAGAACAAGAACCGUGCUGGAGAGAACAGUAAAUCAUGGUCCAGAAUUUUUCCAAACCGUCUAGUUGGUUGUUUGACCACGGACAUCAAGCCUCACGAUUCCUUUCUCGGCCGUACACUGCACUACGACCAGCAUCGCACAAUGACGGUGAUGGAGGCGCGUAGGGUUCAAGGUUUGCCUGACAAUGAGGUCGUUCUGGGUACGCCUAGCCAGCAAUGGUAUCAGAUUGGAAACGGAGUCGAUCGCAAGGUUGCAUUCGCUCUUGGAGUGCAGCUCGCCAAGGCUCAUCGCAAGAAC